ACCGGAAGCAGCGCUGUCAAGGGAGAAAAAGAGAAGAGGCUCGUUGGGAACAGCAAGUCCUGGCGGGGGAGGCGGACGGCGGAAAGGCGAGCGGCUCCUGUACUUGGAUCCCGUUCUGACCCGGUAGUUGGGAGCAUGCCCGCGAGGAUGAUAUACCGAAGAUUCGCAGGGCAGCCCUGCCGCACGGCUGCCUUUUCUACUGCGAUCAAAGCGCCGGGCAAGAGGACGUUCUUUGGAAAAGCGGAAGAGGACCAGAGGCUCCAAAAGACAGAGGAACAUCCUAAGCCCGUCGCCGUGCUCAAAUUGUGGAAACCUCCAGAAUACAGAGUAUCCUUUCAUCCAUCGGCCUACGCUGGGGCCAAACGUGUCUCCGAGGAGGACCCAUCUUGUGGCUUGGAGGGCGGAUCGCUCGGAAGCGACUACCCAAGCAUCGGCGCCAAACAGGUCCAGAAUCACUACAGCGUCACCUGCUCGCGGAGGCUUUCCAGCACAAAGAAUACACUGCUGGAUUUGGAAAGGAGCAAGUUUCUCUCUGCCCAGGCCAACCUGCCGCAUUCAACAACACCGGAUCUUGCGGAAGAGGACGGGGAAGCCGCGGACGUGGAGUCUUAUGACACGAAGGAGGAUCCCAGGGCAUUUCAGACACAAAGGCCUGAAUACGAAGCGUUGAGUUACAAUCGUCGCAAGCGCCCUCCGCCCCUUUCCGCAGAGGAAGGUAGCUCGAUCCUGCAGAACGUGUCCGUGCUCAAAAGCAGCCUGAAACCAGACACCAUCACAGAGUGUUUCUUUAGGCUGAGCGGCUUGCCGGCAGAGCAGCAAGAGAGCCUGUUCUCCAACUCCAAGUUUGCCAUUCUGUGUCACUGUGCGGUUGAAAGCAUCCCGCUCUUUGAUACUUCCGAGCUGCUUACGUGCUUAAAAGCGUUUGUGCACUUAGCCGUUCCGCCCACGCAUCCCAUGCUGAAGGUGUACGAAUCCGAAUGUUGCCGCCGCGCCUGGGACAUCGGCCUGAAUCGCAUCCUGCUGGUGGCCGACCUGUGGCGUUGCUUGGGGUGCAGCGUCCCUCGGUAUCUGGAGAUCGCGUUAAGCUACGUUCACCUGCACUGGCAAGAGCUCAGUUUGGCCCAGCUGGUUCAGUUGCUCUAUAUCAUCGGCGAGGGCCGCAGAGCCCCUGAGGAUUUAAUGAAGAAACUCGACACCUUGGUCUUGAAGCACUUGAGUUCCUUGAGCCCUGAGGAAGUGGGGGCCGUUUGCUUGGGGUUCUUCAAGUCCAGCCACGGUCUUUCCAAACACACUAUGCAGAAAAUUGGAGAUAAAGUCUCUGCCCAGAUGGCAGAGAUGAGCAAUUACGCCUUGGUGAACGUGCUCAAGAUGUACCGUUACACUCACGUUGAUCAUCCUGAGUUUCUGAAGCAGCUCUCGAUGGUCGUGCCUGCACGGAUCCCUACCAUGGGCACUCAAGGAGUCAUGCACGUAGCCCUCGCCUGUUCGGCUUUGCAUUACCGCAGCGAAGGAAUCAUGAAUGCCGUCGCUUCUUCCAUGCCUUCCAGGGCAGCUUAUUGCCGAAGCAAAGACAUUGCCAAGUUUUUGUGGUCAUUUGGGUGCCUGAACUAUGAGCCUCCUAACUCAGAGGAAUUCUACGCUUGCCUCGAGGAGCAGAUGCGCACAAAGAUGCGUGAAUAUCGGAGAUUCCCCGAACAUUUCCUUACCUCCUUGCUAGCCCUGGUGUUUGCAAGGCGAUUCCCCAAAGAUUUGAUUGAUUAUGCUCUGAGUCCCAAGUUUAUCCGACUGAUCAGUGACAAUAAGUUUGACCUCAAGAAGGACUUGCUCACCCUGGAUGGCUCAGUGGGGAUUGAAUGUCCUGGCUAUGCUGGCAAUCGCCUCGAGGCCCAUCUUAAGCAGGAGACGACCGAGAUGCUGUGGGAUUACGCCCAGAAGGACCUCUGCACAAAGCCAGAAGUCAUGGAAGCCCUCUCUCACCUCGAAGACAUGUUGGGCGGCCCCCAGUACAUCAAACAACACAUGAUCCUACCUCACACAAGGUCUGUUGAUUUGGAGAUCCAUUUAGAUCCAGAACGAAAGCCGUUGCCUUUUCAUUCAGAAGCCACGGCGGUAAAAUUCGAAUUAAAAGAGAGCGGAGUGUCUCUCACGGAUGACUUAAUGAGUCGGCUGUUGAAGGGGAGGUCUGUCAAACCAUGCCCAGCGAAUGGCUCCGAAAGAGAGGACGAAACGCGUAUCCAGAAAAGACCAGCGCCCCAGGAGCAGUCUCCAUCCACUCUGGACCAUUUUGCAUUUUCGGAUGGAGUCCCUCUUACUGGCGCCAUCUUGAACGCGUUGACCAAGUCCCAAACCUCUUCUGAAAGUCCAGACCCUCACCCGAAACAGCAGCAUCCUGGGGACACGAAAUUAGCCGUUCAGGUGUCCAACAGAAACCACUACAGCUACGGCUCGAAACACCUCCUGGGGCUCCACAAUUUGAAAAGGAGGCAGCUCCGUCAAAUUGGAUACACCGUGGUAGAGCUGCCCUUCUGGGAAUGGUUUCCAUUGCUCCGGCGCAGCCGCUCAGAAAAGCUGAGCUAUUUGCACCAUAAAAUCUUUAACUCUGUACCAUGAAGUAUUGCGGUUUUAGAACCAAACUGGUUGCCGGGUCUUGCCCAAGCUUGGUGGGGAAUGUAGCUGACUUUUCCUUAACAGAUUGAAGCGCCUGCUGUUCAGAAUUCUCAGAGCAUUUAAAUGGACUUCAUAGCGAUUCUCUUGUAAAUAAAGUUGCA